GCCACCAGGCGGCGCUGUCUCCCCAGAGAUGCCCACUGCCCCGUGGCUUGGAAUCUCCCUGCCAGUCCUCGCACAGGUCUCUAUGGGGGACCCCUGUCCCUGACAUUCUUUGCGGCUCUCAGCCUCCAGACAAAUAGGUGGCUUUUUUGGUCGCUUGGGCCCCUUUGGUCAGGGUGGAAGGAGAGGGACCUCUUCUCAGAAGAAUGCUUUUAAAUACUGGAAAGUCACGCCACAUUUCCGUUAAAGCUUAAAGAAUGAAGAUGUAUGUAAAUGUUCUCCCCUCCGAGUUUUCAGGGACUCCGGGUGAAACCAGGAGAAGCCCUCGCAGUACAGUAGACCGAGGAGCACCUGUCAGCCCCAUCUUCUCAGUCUUUCAUUGGCGUCUCCCAGGCUGUUUAACACUGGGAUUUAGAGGAGGAGGAGGAAGAGAAAAGGCAGAGCUGAAGCUGUCCCUCUCCACACUGCCCCCCCCGCCCUUCCCCCAGUCCCUUUCUUCCAAGGGCUUGCUGUGUAUCCUUCCUCCCGACUGGGGCUCCUUCAUCCCGUCACUGUUCGGGCAUUCCACUUAAGUUUCCAAGCCCCUUUUGAAGUUGGGGGGGGGGGGAGGGUCACUCCGAAAGCCCAGGGAAUGGUGUGUAUUCUAGAAAUGAAGAGGCCCAAAGUGCAGAAGAGAAGCCAGGAAUCCUGGUUCCCCGCCUCCUUCCCCCCUCACUCCCCCUCCCAAGAGCUUCCCUGCCCGAGAGAUGUGGAGGAGAAAGCAAGGAGGUGGGAAGAAGAGCCCCCACUUAAGGCUGCAUGCAAAGUGGCUUGAGGAGUCCAAGCGGUUUCGGCUGUCUCCGGGAGCAGAAGGGGGGCUACGCUCGGAGGGGCGGGGGGGGCCGCGGAAGAAGAGGGAGUCGAUGCCUCUACAGGACUUGCCAGGGACUAAGCAACACAACAGCGGACGACUCGGCCACAUUUAAAGUGGCGAGCGGAGCGGAGCUGGAAGCGGGCAGCUCAGCUCAGCCUAGCCCCGGGCGCCAGGCACCGAGGGGGACAAGGGCCAGGAGCAUGGAGUCCCGGAGAGGGCCCGACCCAGAUCGUCUGGUGGGGGCCCCGGAGCGCUCGGAUUUAACUCUCAACUGAACGCUCGCGGUGCCCUCCCCCUCCCACUCCCACCCCCGAACCCCGGGCCGGGGAGUAGCGGGAUUCCGUGAGGAGUCGGAAGCGAGGGCGCAGGAGGACAAGCGGGGUGGCCGGCGGGGGAAGCGCCCCUUCUCUUCCCGGGACCUCUCCAGUGGACAUGGGUAGAGUCUUGGGACUGGCCCUCCUGCUGACCACCCUCCUAGGCACCUGGGCAGGGGUGGGGCCUGGCCGGGGGAAACAAGUGGUGACAGUAGCUGUGGUGUUUGCCAGCUCAGCACCCCCAUUGCAGGCUCAGGCUCAGACCCUGGCCCGGGCCCGCCUCACCCCCCAGAACUUCCUGGACCUGCCCCUGGAGAUCCAGCCAAUCACUGUGGUGAUCAAUGACACCAACCCCAGCACCCUUCUCACUCAGCUCUGUGGGCUCCUGGGCUCUGCCCGUGUCCAUGGCAUAGUCUUUGAGGACAACGUGGGCACUGAGGCUGUGGCGCAGAUUCUUGACUUCAUCUCCUCCCAGACCCACGUGCCCAUCAUCAGCAUCAGUGGAGGCUCGGCUGUGGUCCUUACUCCAAAGGAGCCUGGCUCAUCCUUCCUGCAGCUGGGGGUGUCCAUUGAGCAGCAGAUCCAGGUGAUCUUCAAGGUCUUGGAGGAGUAUGACUGGAGCUCCUUCGCGGUCAUCACCAGCUUCCACCCAGGCUACGCCAUCUUCCUGGAGGGCAUCCGCUCAUUCACGGAGGCCAGCUACCUGGGCUGGGAGCUACAGGACAUCCUCACGCUGGAGCUGAGCCCCGGCAGCCCCAGCUCCCGCGUGCAGCGCCUGCUGCGCCAGCUCGACGCCCAGGUGCUGGUGGCGUACUGCUCUCGGGAGGAGGCCGAGUACCUGUUCACCGUGGCCGAGGAGGAAGGGCUGGUGGGCCCGGGCUACGUGUGGGUGGUCCCUAGCCUGGCACUGGGCAGCACUGACACGCCGCCCUCCGUCUUCCCCGUGGGCCUCAUCAGCGUGGUGACAGAGAGCUGGCGCCUCAGCCUGCGGCAGAAGGUCCGGGAUGGGGUGGCCAUCGUGGCCCUGGGGGCCCACGGCUACCUGCGCUACCACGGAGACCUGCCGGCGCCUGCUCGGGACUGCUACGCCCCGGCCGAACCCACCAGCCCUGCUGGAGAAGCCUUCUACGGGCACCUGCUGAAUGUGACCUGGGAGCAGCGAGAUUUCUCCUUCAGUGCUGGCGGGUACUUGGUGCGGCCCACCAUGGUGGUGAUCUCACUCAACCGGCAUAGGCUCUGGGAGAUGGUAGGGCGCUGGGAGCAGGGCAUCAUUCACAUGAAGUACCCUGUGUGGCCCAGGUAUGGCACCUACCUGCAGCCAGUGGUGGACAACCGGCACCUGACGGUGGCCACUCUGGAGGAGCGGCCCUUCGUCAUCGUGGAGAGUCCUGACUCUAGUACAGGUGGAUGCAUUCCCAACACUGUGCCCUGCCGGAAACAGAGCAACCGCACCGACAGGUUUGGCAGCAGCGAUGGCCCUGGGGACUCCUACACCAAACUGUGUUGCAAGGGCUUUUGCAUCGACAUCCUGAAGAAACUGGCCAAGGGGGUCAAGUUCUCCUAUGACCUGUACCUGGUGACCAAUGGCAAACAUGGCAAGAAGGUGCGGGGCAUCUGGAACGGCAUGAUCGGUGAGGUGUACUACAAGCGGGCAGACAUGGCCAUCGGCUCCCUGACCAUCAACGAGGAGCGCUCGGAGAUUGUUGACUUCUCCGUGCCCUUCGUGGAGACGGGCAUCAGCGUCAUGGUGGCCCGGAGCAAUGGCACCGUCUCGCCCUCUGCCUUCCUGGAGCCCUACAGCCCAGCCGUGUGGGUCAUGAUGUUUGUCAUGUGUCUCACUGUGGUGGCCAUCACCGUCUUCAUGUUCGAGUACUUCAGCCCAGUCAGUUACAACCAGAACCUCACCAGCGCCAAGAAGACUGGGGGUCCCUCCUUCACUAUUGGCAAAUCUGUCUGGCUGCUGUGGGCUUUGGUCUUCAACAAUUCUGUGCCCAUUGAGAACCCCCGGGGCACUACCAGCAAAAUCAUGGUGCUUGUCUGGGCCUUCUUUGCCGUCAUCUUCCUGGCCAGCUACACAGCCAAUCUGGCAGCCUUUAUGAUUCAGGAGCAGUACAUCGACACCGUGUCUGGCCUCAGCGACAAGAAGUUUCAGCGGCCCCAGGAGCAGUACCCUCCGUUCCGCUUUGGCACAGUGCCCAAUGGCAGCACAGAGCGAAACAUCCGGAGCAACUACCGGGACAUGCACAGCCACAUGGUCAAGUUUAACCAGCGCUCAGUGGAGGAUGCACUCACCAGCCUCAAGAUGGGGAAGCUGGACGCCUUUAUCUACGAUGCUGCUGUUCUCAACUAUAUGGCGGGCAAGGAUGAGGGCUGCAAGCUGGUGACCAUUGGGUCGGGCAAGGUCUUUGCCACCACGGGCUACGGCAUCGCUUUGCAGAAGGACUCCCGCUGGAAACGGGCCAUUGAUCUGGCGCUCCUGCAGUUCCUGGGGGACGGGGAGACCCAAAAGCUGGAAACAGUGUGGCUGUCGGGGAUCUGCCAGAAUGAGAAGAACGAGGUGAUGAGCAGCAAGCUGGACAUCGACAACAUGGCGGGCGUCUUCUAUAUGCUCCUGGUGGCCAUGGGGCUGGCCCUGCUUGUCUUUGCCUGGGAGCACCUGGUCUUUUGGAAGCUCCGGCAUUCUGUGCCUCACACCCCGAGGCUGGAUUUCCUGCUGGCCUUUAGCAGGGGGAUCUACAGCUGCUUCAGCGGGGUACAGAGCCUCAGCAGCCCCACCAGGGCUCCCAGCCCAGACUUGACAGCCGGUUCCGCCCAGGCCAAUGUGCUGAAGAUGCUCCAAGCGGCAAAGAAAAUGGUGAAUACAGCGGGCGUGGGGAGUUCCCUGGACUGCGCCACCCGCACCAUCGAGAGCUGGGGCAGUCGCUGCGAGGCUCCACCUUCCACCUUCUCUCUUCGAAACCCUCAACUGCUGUUGCAAAGCGGGGCGCUGAGCCUGCCAGGCAGGGCCGCCCGAGCCCAGAACGCGUGGCCCCUGGGCCCCCGGGGAGGGCCCCGAGACCCUGGCCACAAAGGCCAGGCUGACGCGGGGGACCUGGUGGUUCGGAAGGUCCUCGCUUCAGCCCCCCUGCCCCUGCCCGACAUCCCCCCCACGCCUGGGUGUCCUGGCAAGGGCUCCCCGCGACGGAUGGGACCAGGACGCAGGAGCAGGCUGUUCUCAGGCUCAGGUGGGUGCCAGCCUCCUGAGUGCCCGUUCCCGUCUGCUCCCUGCACCCAUGGAUCCUUGCUCUGGGCAGACCGGACGGGCCGCCCCUUUCUCCCGCUUUUCCCAGAGCCCUCCGAACCCGAGGACCUGCCUCUGCUGGGGCCCGACCAGCUGGCUCGACGGGAGGCUCUACUGCGUGCGGCCUGGUCCCACAGGCACUGCCUGCGCCAGGGCUCCUGGCCAAGGUCGAUGGCCGAGUACUGCUCCGUGCCCGGCCCAAGCCCUCCGGCAGCCUCGAUGCCUGCCCUGUGCCCUUCCCAGGCUGCUCAGGCGAGGAGCCCUGCACGUUCUGGCGCGGACGCCCGGGGGGCCUGGAAGCGCUUGGCCCAGGCCCAGUCCCUUCGGCUGCCCUCCUACAGGGAGGCAUGCCAGGAAGCAGCGCCUUCUGGGGCCCCCAGCGCGCUGCAGAGACAGAACUAUCUUGACGCCUGCGCCCCUCUGCCGCUCUACUGGGGGUCUGUGUGUCCACAUUCCCCGGCCUGUGCCAGCCAGGACCCCUGGAUCUCAGAGACCUGGGGACCUCGAAAGCACAGGGGCAGGACUUUGGGGGGGCUGGGCGCCAGCUACAGGGAUAGUGGGGGCUGGGGGGAGCUGAAGGAGGCCGGGCCUGCAGCCUGCAGGACACACAGCCCCCUGGGGCCCUGCAGCUGGAGGCGAGUCUCCAGCCUAGAAUCAGAGGUGUGAACGAGGUGGGCUCCCUUACCUCCCCCUGCCUGGUGGCCCUGCUGGGGAUCUCGGCUGGAGAGCGGGUGGGAGGUGGGAUGGAUUCUCCUCUUGGAUCUGUCCCAGUCAGGGGCCAGCAGGUUCUCAAAGGGCACCUAGCACUCAUCCCAGACUCCGCCCGGAGUAGUGUUCCUUAGACCGCAGACCCAUGUCUUCCGCGGCCGGCCCCGUGACUCUGCUGAUCUGAGCCUGGAGGAGGGGGUCAGCCAGGAGCUUUCUUCUUGUCUUCCAUUUUUCCAUUCUCUGCCCCCAGGAGUGGAAAUGGGGGAGUGGCAGAGUCACAGGGACCCCUGGGUGCGCCCAGUGGGGGCUUCUGGGAUUCCGAUUAUUAGGCAGUUGGGCCUGGUCUGGCUCCUCGACUGGACUUGGGGAUGAGAGUGCCUGGAGGCAGAGAGAGGACCGCGGGAAGGGUUUUCUCUCCCAUCCAGAAGUUUUUUCUCCAUCAGACUCUGGGUUAUUAAACAUAGUUUUGAGAAAGACUGGCCCCUGCCUGCCUUCUGUACCUUUCAGAGAGAGAUCACAUAGUCUUUUCCCACGCUUUAAGCCGUGUGUAUCCUCAUGGCAUCAAAAGCAAGCUCAGGUGUGCCACCAGGCUGUGGUUCUGGUACCUGGGGUCUCCUUGCAGGAAAAGUGCCCCUUAGUGGGUGAGGAGCGUCUUGCUGAAGAGAACCUUGAUGGAGACUUGAUUCUCUUGCCUUAGUUUUUUUUUUUUCCCAGUUGACCUUGGCAACUGGGGAUGGUGGUGGGAGAGGAAGAGAAAGAGAAAAGGAUGGUGAGGGAAAGCUUGGG